AUGGCCAAUAAGCAGCUUCACUACGAAAUCAGGCGAGUCAUAGAACGAAACAUCGCCGACGACGAUGACGACGACUACGACGAUGACGAUGACGAAGAGGAAGAAGAAGAGGAAGAAGAUAAUGAAGAUGAGGGGGAGGAUGAGGAUGUAGUUGCUAGAAAUUUUGUGGCUGAAAAAGUUGAAAAACGGACACAGAAAAAAGCAAUCCUUCCCAGGGUGAAGCCGAAAUCGAAGAUGUUGAAGACGCUGAACAGAGGUAGAAUUCUGGUCACCACUAACUAUGGCUCCAAAGUUAAAAAACGAAAGUGCGACUUGGACAGGGCCGCUGGUGGCGACGACGACGAUGAAGAAGACCGCUGCUUGGUUGAUAACAAAGUUAUAAAAAUUAGAAAUGGAAAUGUCGUGUCGGCAACUGGAAACGACAAAAAGACGUCAUUGGAUAGUGACUGUAAUAACAACGAAGAUGUUAACCAAUCAAAAGAUAAAGAAAUAGGUCAAACGUCAGCAGCGUCAGCCGCAUUGGCGUCAACAUCCUCGUCUCGCACGUCAUCGUCUUCUUCAUCUUCAUCGUCAUACUCGUCGUCCUCAAGUUGCACUGAAGCGCGCAAAAAAUCUAAGAAAGCCAUAGAGAUGGCGUUAGCUUCGCGAUCGUUAUCGUCAUCGCCUUUGCUUACCAUUAAACGCAAGCCCAAAUUAAAAAGGAAGAAAAAUGACGAUGACGAUGAUAACGCAGACAAUAAUGAUGAUAACGCUGGUGAUAGUAACGCUUCGUACCUUGGGGAGAAGGGUAAUGGAGAUGAUGGUAACAAUGUGACGAGGAAUAAACUGAAGAGGAAGUGUAAAAAGUCUAAUGCUAAACUGGUUAAAGUGAUGGGUGAUAUGGCGCCUGGCUCGCUGGCCGCAGGAGUGUAUGGCAAAGAGGGUGACGCUCACGUUGGCGAGAUUGUCAGUUUCAAGGAGGACAAGGUCCUCGCCGAUGGUGAUGCUGUUUGCAAAAAACCUGAUGGUGGUGAUAUCGAUGGUGGUGAUGGUGGUGGAAUUGGUGUUGUUCGUGGUAGGCAAUCAGAGCGAUCGCUGCUAAGUAGAGACAGUGACAAAAUCAGCGACACCAAUAACAACAACAACAACGAGACAAACGUUAACGAAGAAUCUUCGCAGCAAGCCAGCGCAGAAAAUGACGCCGGCACGACAAACGAACAACAGUUGAUAAAAAAAAUACACAAACGCAGCAGAACCUCUCACGCUGAUGACGACGACGACGAUGACGAGAUGGACAACAGCGUGGGUUUGAUAAUUGGAUUCGACAGAAACGGAGGAGAGGGUGGCGAGUUGACGGCCGAGGAGUUGGAGAUGUGCUUGGAAUCGGCUGGAGAUGUUGAUAGCUCUGGUGCCGGUGUCAUCUUGGUUGAUGGUAGACGACCACUUAUUAGUGACAUCAUCGACGGCAUGAUCAGUCCGGGUGCAGUCAGCAGUGCCACAUCCAGGUACACAAACAAAUCGGACAAGAACAUGUCAGACUUCGACGGUGAGGAGGCCAUAGUGGACGAGGAGAUCGCCCACAUCAACAGGGCCACCGGCGCUGGGGGGCACCCAGGGUCGUUCAUUGGGGUCCACACCCUUCAACAUCAGCUGGGAAAUGCCGAAGUGGUGAGGAAUGUGCUGGUGAAGAUCAUCGUGCUGUUGAUACAAAUAUUAAUACAAGGCGUCAACAACAGUUGCAACAACAACAACAACUCUGUCGUCGGUAAUGACAGCAAGGGCAGCAGCAACAACAACAGCACGAACGUCAUCGGUGGCAGCCGGAAGGAUGAAUUGAUGGAGUUGUGCCAGCCCCACAAUACAAUCAUCUGGGAACUCUUACAGGAUGAAAAUAUUAACAAGUUAGCCCCUGGCUUAGCAUCGGAGGGUGAAAAAAUUUUGAGCUCUCUCGUCUGCCUGUCGAACGACCGUUCGGUCAAAACAAGAUUCAUCGAGUCGUGUAUCAGCAACAUCGCCAGCAACAAAUCUGUCGUCGUGUCUCUCCGUUUCUCUCAUAAAGAAGAGAUCCAGGCCAGAUUAAAUUUUCUGACUUGCAUCUAUUCAUCAAACGGAUCGCCAGACACAUUCAGAUUAAGCCUGGAUCAAGUGGAUACGUUAUGGGAUUGUUUAGUAUCCGAUCCUAUAUGCACGGAUGACUGCCUACAGUGGCUGUGCAAUCAGAUGAAGGAUAAGGAUUGCCAUGCCGUCAGGAUCGACGCCAUGAAGCAUCUGUUCUUAAAUAAGAUGCCCCAACUGAAACCAGAGGACACGACAAUGGUCGGCCUUACCCUAUUCACGCAACUCUGUCACGUGACACACGCGAUGACGUCAUCAAGUGGCGGGGAUGGAGCCGCGGGCGGUAGAAAUGUGUUGGGGAUCGACCAGCUAUGGCUGAUGGCGCUCAGGGCUAAGAACACAGACGUCAGCCUGAAUGCUAUCAAUGUCCUCAACAACCAUUACGUUAGCUUUGGCAACAAUGAAGAGGCCAUAAACAAAGAGAAGAGUUUCAUUGAGAAGUGCAUGGCAAGUCUGACUACUGCCUCUGCUGAUCUCAAUAAAGAAUCAGAAUCGAGCUUAUUAAUCAUCCAACGCGCCCUCCUUCUACUGACCAAUCACCUUGAAUCCUUCCACAAAAGACACGCUUACCAUCUCCGUCUCUGCUCCCUCAACAACCGAUCCAUACAGAGUCACUAUGCCCCAACCAUGGCCAACAAAUCCAACAACAACCACAGAAUCAGGACAACUCUUGAGAUGUCCAGCUCAGAUUUGAUUGCGGAGCUGAGAGCAGAAGAUUCCCAGGAGCAAAUGAGUUUAUUGACGAAGGCUAGAGUUCUGUCUCGCAAAGUUUGGAGCUUGCUGAUGUUGUUGCCGACGAACAAAAAGAUUCUACAAAAUAUAACAGACAGCAUACUAACUACCGCUACUUCUCCAACAGCAUCCACUGCAGCUACACCCACCGCUACUACAUCCGACUCUUCAGAGUUCGAUGUACCCAACACAAACAGUGUAAAUUGGGAGGAGCUACUGAAUGCCAAUAACAUCCACAAAUUGAUGUAUGCACUUCAAAUUGUUGAGACUCUGUUGAGGCAGUCUUCUUCAAACAAAUCAAAGCUGUUGCACCACAACUCACAGCAGCAGCAACAACAGCAGCCACAGCGUCAAAACAAACAUACAAGUGGCAGUUUAAAUGAAAGUGGAGGUGCUAAUGUAGAUGCCGGUGAAACCUGGAAAGAGAAAUUCAUAGCCAGUGGAGGCUUCCAGCACCUUCUUUCCAUCUUCACGUCCACCAAACUUCACGAAGAACAUGAUCUGAGGCAGAAUGAUUGGCUGAACGACUGCUUGGCCGCUCUACUUCGACUGAUCAACCUGUUCGCCAUCAACCAGUACGACCUCGAUUCAAGUCAGACUGAACUGUUCGAAAUCAUCGAUGCCCCUGUUAAGAAGCUGGGCAAACGAAGGGCUCAAGAUCGUUUGUUCAUUCAUCCAAUCAAUCAAUCUGUCCUACCUCUGAUCGAUGUUUCAACAUUAGUUAGGGUUCUUAUGGAUACCGUCUUCAAUGCUGCCUUACCACAAGGAGACCACGUGGGCUGUCCUCUAACUUCGAUAGGUCAUUUAGAGGUCAUCCAUUAUUCCAUGUCUUUGUUUAUCUCGCUGGCUUAUUCCAGAGCCGUGAACUUUCCUUUGGAAGUUUUUGCGUCGCCGUCUCAGUUUUCAGACGUCUGUUCCUUUAAAAGCUUUCGACUCUGGCUGAAGAGGAUCACCUUAGAAGCUCCCGAAUCGGCUGUAAGGCAGGAAGCAUGUCUGGCUCUGUACCGACUGUGUCUGGGCCGGAUGUCUAAUGGAGGGGAUCUCGUCGGCUACAGGUACAUCGCUCCUGUCUUCAACGGUCUGCUGACGUUCUUCGAUGAGGCCUGCGUCAUGAAGUCCAUUAAAUAUGGAAUUGUCAGUUUUGCCGGUGGCAUUGGUGGAUUGAUUACAUUCGGUAAGUCGUUCGAUGAUAAUAAGGAACCACACGGUCCUGGCUGUCGUGAUUAUCUCUGGCUUCUCUGUCAAUUAGUGGAUGGACUGAAGAAAGAGGACGCAGAAAGGAGUUGGACAUCUGAAAAUGAUGGAGGAGUGAACACAGAGGAUGACGAAAGUCUGUCUGCAGAAGAUGCAAAUAAUGACGACCUACAGAAUGAUGAUUGCAGGAUUUCUAAAAUUUUUAAAAUAGUGAAUUUGAGUAAAGUCACGAGAGUUGUAGCAGAGAGAAUAGUUACCAGAGGUUAUUUUGAAAGGAGAUGUAAUAGUACAGAAGAUGAAGGAUUGGUUGGUUUGAUGAAGCUCUGUACAUCACUUCUCAAGCACAACCCCACUUUUAAAUCUACCAUAGCCGGCCAGACAUUUUUAACAAAAAUAUUUUAUUGUUUGUUUGCACUGCCUUCACCUACGUCAAGAUUUCUGCCGAAAUGUAAGUCACAGAGUUCGAGGACUUCUGCAUUUGAUCUGCUGGUUGAAUUGGUUAAAUCAAACAUCGACAACUACCUCAUCCUACAUGGACUCCUGAUGAACCAGAAUCAAAAAGACUCGCACCUGUUGUACAGUUGGGACAUGUGGCCCCAUGAAGAGGAGCGGUCGAAAUGUGGCUACGUUGGACUGACCAACCUGGGAGCCACUUGCUACAUGGCUACCUGCAUGCAACAUCUCUUCAUGAUACCUGAAGCCAGGAAGUGUAUUCUGGAAGUCGAGGCUGGUUGUUUGCUAUGUGUGCCUGCUUGUUCAGAACAGAUGCGACAUUAUGUAAUGUUGGCCGAGCUGAAGAAAAUGUUUGCCUACCUGCAUGAGAGUGAGCGCAAGGCCUACAAUCCGUUCACGUUCUGCAAGGCCUAUACUAUGGACCAUCAACCGCUCAACACGGGCGAACAGAAGGAUAUGACCGAGUUCUUUACGGAUCUCAUUACGAAACUGGAAGAAAUCAGCCCAUCCUUAAAAAGUUUGGUAAAAACCCUGUUCGGAGGAGUUCUAACGAACAACGUAGUAUCUCUGGACUGCGAGCACGUCAGUAGGACAACAGAAGAGUUCUACACUGUCAGAUGCCAGGUUGCUGACAUGAAGAACCUCUACGAGUCACUGGAUGAGGUGACGGUCAAGGACAUGUUGGAGGGCGACAACAUGUACACCUGCUCCAAAUGCCAGAAGAAAGUUCGAGCCGAGAAACGCGCUUGUUUUUAUCGCCUGCCCAAAAUUCUCUGCUUUAAUACGAUGCGAUACACUUUUAAUAUGCUGACUAUGAUGAAGGAGAAAGUGAAUACGCAUUUCUCCUUCCCACUGUCUCUUGAUAUGUCUCCAUACAUGGAAGAGAAUCUUAUUAAAAAUGUAAGCGGGGAAAGUGGUAGUAAAGCUGGGAACGCCAAUGACGCUAACAAGGCGUCCACAUCGUCUACCAGUGCAAACAACUCAAGCAGUGACGCCAACGAACGCAAAGCCUCAUCCAGCCACAUUCCUGAUGAGAAUGACGGCACGUCCAGGGAGUAUGAAUACGAGUUGAUAGGUGUAACAGUACACACGGGAACUGCAGAUGCCGGCCAUUACUACAGCUUCAUCAGAGAUCGACUGAACAAGAAUGAGUUAGGACAGGAUAGGUGGUUCCUGUUCAAUGAUGCCGAAAUCAAAUCAUUUGAUCCUAAUCAGCUUGCAUCCGAAUGCUUUGGAGGAGAGAUGACGAGUAAAACGUAUGACUCAGUGACAGACAAAUUUUUGGAUUUUUCGUUUGAAAAAACUCACAGUGCAUACAUGUUGUUUUACGAGAGAGUAGUGAACAACAGCAGCAGCAGCAACAACAACAACAACAAGGAUGCAACGACAUCGUGCAGUACAGUGCACAGCAGAAGCAUUGACAACAACUCGCCAACAAAUUCAUCUUCAUCCACUUCGCAAAACGUCAUCAAAACUAUUACUGACCAGCUGAUGACCGAUGAGGAAGAACCGGUCAAAGUGAAGGUCAACCUGUCUGCAGAGCUGGCAGAUUGGAUAUGGCAAGACAACAUGCACUUCAUACAGGACAAGAACAUCUUCGAUCACACCUACUUCAGUUUCAUCUGGCAGGUCUGCAACUACAUCCCCACUACACUGGCACGAAACAACAGCAGAAACAUCAACAUCUCCUUGUACGCUACCAAACUCAGCGUUUCAUUUAUCCUGGAAACACUGAUUCACGCCAAAGAGAAGCCUACCAUGCUACAAUGGAUCGAGAACACGACGAAAUUAUUCAACAGUGACAGCAAAUGUUGCCAGUGGUUCCUCAACAAAAUGAGUCAGGACGACUGGUGGUUGCAGCAAAUUCUCAUCAAGUGCCCUAACCAGACCGUCAGACAGAUGUUCCAGAGGUUAGUGAUUCACGUGAUCAACCAACUUAAGCCAAUGAGCGCUCGCCACAACAACAACAACAACAAUAAUAAUAAUAAUAACAAUAACAACAAUAACGAUGAUAACGAUGGGGAGAAUGAUGGCAAAGAUAUAAAGAAAAAAUUCGUUGCUGAUGACGGUGAUGAUGAAGAUGGUGAUGAUGACGAUGUCGAAGGGUUGACCAAGAAAGUCGACCACUCAGUCGAUUCCUUCCUGAAUAUUUUGAUCUCGAUAUCCACGUCUGACACGCUGUCCGAGGAUGAAGAUGACGUGGAGGAUGUAGUGAGUGAGGAGAGGUGCUGCCCGCAGUCCUUCGAGAAGAUGAUUGCCCUGGUGGCACUUCUCGUCGAGAAGAGUCGCGUCGAUCAUAAAAAUGUGGGCGGUGAAUACUGCCCGCAAGCGACCUUGGAGUGGCUGUCCAAUCAGGUGACCCGGAACAAGAUGGCUCUCACAUGGGCCCUUCAAACGCUGGACAGUUGGGUCGAACUCUUCCUCAUAGCCAUCAAUAACAUGAAAGUCAGAAACUGUGCAGCCCACCUCCUGGUUUCCAUGGUGCCCAACAACAACUUCCGCCAGAUGUUCAGGAGCAAUAGAAGCCUCUUGACGCCGCACAAAGAAAGCGUCGUGAUGACAGACGAGGCACUUGAGAUCUUGCACGAGAUAUACAACCACCUGUUGAAGCUGCUAUGCAAGACGCGCCAAUACGUCGAGAACCAUUCGUACGGCACCUCAAAACUAGUAUCUUACUUCACUGUCCUUAAUUACUGUCUCGUGUCCAAAACUGAAAAGUUGAUGUUCUCUAAGUAUUUCAAUGAUCUGUGGUCUCUUUACCAGCCUAAGAUGGCUGAACCACAGAUUGCUGUCAAUCAUAAUAAGCAGGCCAUGCUCAUAUUUUGGUACCAUGCCUGUGUUGACUGCCCGGAGAAUGUACGACUCAUCACGGAAAAUCCUAUCGUGGCCAAAAAUAUCUCAUUUAAUUACAUACUGGCGGACCACGAGGACCAGGACGUAGUGCUUAUGAACAGGACGAUGCUGCCAGCCUACUACGGCAUCCUACGUAUGUGUUGCAUGCAGUCUCAACAGUUCACCAAGCAACUCUCACAACACCAAAAUACUCAGUGGGCUUUCAGAAAUCUAACUCUAUAUCCAACGCAGUAUACCGCGGCCGUAGAAGAAUUGUACUGGCUGAUGCAGUUGAUGUGUUCGACCAGCUCCAGCAUGGAUGAGGAUGAUUUGAAGGUGGUCCUGCACUUCAGGAGGACAACGCUGCAACUUUAUUUGUCGAUGCUUGACGGCAGAAGUCACUACCAGACGCUCAUAUCCGUUUUCCGCAUUCUGUUGGAUCAUCACGACGAGCGUAUCUUCGCUCUGCAGCACGGGGCCCUCUCACUGAUGCAUGACUCGUUUGUGACCCUCUACAUGAUGCACCACGAGGCAACAGCUUGUCACAUGACCAAUGACAUCAUCCAGUUGCUCGCUGUCUUCUCGCAGACUCUCGCUUCCGCUCGCAGAUGUCUUUCGGAGAAAAAAGUUAACGAGGUCAAGCCACAUUUGACCUCGUUCAAAGAAAGGUCAGAGUUCGUGAGGAAACUAGUUGCCAUGAUGAACUUCUACAACACACACGAACUUAGGCAGGCCAUACUUAGCUGCCUACGUGAGAUGGUGUUGACAUUCCAACUUGAAUGUAUGCAGACAGCAGUUACGGCAUUGAUACAAGCUCACUCAUCUUUUCAUAGUUGCAGUCUGCCAAUAAACAUGGGUCCGUACUUCCCAAAAGUCGGGCACAAACCCCCUCAAGGUAAGGUAGCAAUCAGGCUGCCGCGACCUCAGUUUCAAAUGCUACUCCAUCCAGAUCAAGUGGAGUGCAAGAAGGGUGUGGACCAGCAAUACGACUCCCUGUUGUACGAGGCGUACGAUCCAUACCACCAUUUUGUGGAUCUACUCGUCAGGGUGGCCGUCAACCAGCAGAACCUUCCUGAUCAUAUCAUUAGGCUGUCGGCAAUGGUUGCGUACGAAGGCGCCGUAAUGCACCUACCGUACUUCGCCAAACUUUGGUCUGAGAUACAUCAAGCCGAGUCCAUUGACAAAAAGUGGUUGGAUGUUCUUUGUUCGUGUUCGUCGUUCAUCGACUACAUGAACAUUGUUCUUCAGAGUGAACGAGUCUCUCUAAACAAUCCACAUAUAUUCAAGUUUUUUGGUAUCUUCUUCAAUAAGGUGAGUCAGAAGGUUCUGUGCAAUCAGACGAGCAGCCUGCUCGAUGACAUCAUCAAUUCUCUUGAACUCAACCUCUCAUUGAUCAGCUCGCAAGAGGAUUGUGAUGAAGAGGAUGAUGAGAAUGAUGAUGCUGGCGAUGAAAAGAAGAAACCGAAAGAUGCUGAUGCUGAAGCCAAGAGGAAGCAAAAAGAGAAAUUGUUCAGCUCAAUAAAUGGGGAUUUGAGGGCCUUGCAGAUCAUAUCAUCGUCGAAACAAUUACAACUGCAGCUUUACAACAACAACAACAACAACAAACUCGGCGUCUUCUUGAUUAACUUGAAAAAUUUCCAUCUCAAAUUUGCCACCCGUCAGCAAAAGUUACAGCAGCAGCAGCAGCAAAAAUCAGAUAAGCAGCAGAAGGAUGGUUUGAAAGUCAGAUUGCCGACGACAUCCUCAUCAGUCGCCACGACGUCCACAGGAGGAGCUUUGGCGACGAGGACACCAACUAAAAAAAGGAAAUUAUGUUUUUCCGGUGAUUCCGAAACCACAACUGCAGUAGCGACAGCAACCACAACUUCCAACAGCAGCAACAUUACCACAACCAUCAACAAAACUACCACAACUACGGCCAACAGCAACAACAACAACACUCCUAAUACCAAAACGACAACCAUCACCAAUACUCCCAGCAAGACAAAUCUCAAGAGGCGACUCGAUGUAGUCGAUGACGAUGACGUAAGCGAUGACGUCACGACGAAAUCUGGCGACCAAAAAAGUAACAAUGAUGACGAAACGAAUAAUAAUAAAAGCAGCAGCAGCAGCAGCAAAAAAAAUAAUGAUGGUAUAGGAAAUGUUAAUAACGAUGAUGACGACGAUGAUGGUGACGAUGAUGACGUAGACAUGGAUGUAAGUGAUGGUAAUGAUGAGAGUAAGAAGGUAGAUCCAUUCGCGUCGUCGUCAUCGCUACCGUCAUCGCCACAGCCAUCGUCGUCGUCGUCUUCGUCGUCGUCUUCAUCUUUGUUGAAGGGUAACUUGGCAAUCCUGUGCAACAGAGCUCUGAAGAGAGAGUUGCUAAGUGACUCUCGAGAUGUCAAAUUUGCUGGCUGGCUGCAGCAGCAGCAUUCAUCGUCAUUCGGUGGUUACAGGGAAGUAAGUAGUGAAGACUUUGUAGAAACGACGACGACGACCACCACCACACCUUCAGCUGCACUGCAUCACACAGCUACGACAGCAGCCACACCAUCUACGCCAACGCCAUAUUCAAGACCGACAAAAUAUACUGAUGAAUCGAGAUACGAAGUCGAUUGGCAGUCGAUUCUGAUAUUCGUAUUCGUUGCUGUGGCGUUUCUUUUCCAUUUGAUCGCCAUGGGAGCUCCCUACUGGGCCACCACUUACGAUAAACACUUUCCUAACCGCAGAGUUGAACAUAUAGGUGGUCUAUGGAAGUAUUGUGUCGAUCCAAUCGUGUCCGUGAGUGAUGGCACGAGAGGUGUGAGGUAUGGCGGUUCGUCCAGGCAGAUUUGUGACGAUUUCGUCAACAUCAUCUAUUCAGACUGGUUGAAAGCCGCGCAAUCCUUCAUGAUAUUAUCCUUCUUCACAUUUCUUCCGACCGUGGGAUGCGUAGCGAUGGUACUCCUGGUCGCCACGUUCGCACACAACCUCAUGUUCAACUGCAUCGCCAUUGCUGGGAUGUUCACCUGUGGAUUCUUCCAAUUCAUAACGGUAGUCAUAUUCGGCCGUUACUACGAGAACUACUUCGACAGCAAGGACGCUGCAUGGAAAGGAAAAAGUGGAGCCUAUCUGGGAUGGACGUACGUCGUGGCGGUCUUCGGCAUGGCUGCCUGUUUCUGCUGCACCGCCGUUCUCAUGUUGAAGUUGGUGGAAGUGAAACGCGGAAAGAGGAUUGAUUGGGGAUUGGUGAAUCCUAUGCAUCAGGAGUCUAAAAAAUUGCUGAUUUGAAAGGAAGAAGUGGAUAAUUCUGGUGAUUUAAAACAAAGUUGCUACUAUGUACAUGGAGUUGCUCUAUAAAUAACGAAUACUGAUUUUUUUGGUAGUAAAAAACGAAGACAAAUUUAAAUUUUUUUAAUUGUUUUUACAAGACAAUAGCUCAAACUUUUAUGAUUGAAAUUGAUAAAUAAAUAAAUGAAUUAACUAAUUAAUCAAUCAAUUAAUUAGUUAAUUAGCAAAUAAUUAAAUUGAUAUAUUUUUCCUCUGAUUUACUUACAGACACACUAAAAAAAAAACAUUUCUAGAAUCGUAUUUUCGAAAAAAAAACAACUUUUAAGAUGGACAUUUAUAAGCGUGACAAAAUUGUGCCAUUCGUAAUAAUAUUUAAAAAAUUAUGCUAAAAUCUCUUAAAUAUUCCCAAAAAAAAUAAUAUCAUUAUAUAGCUCAACGCUCACAGACAUAUAUACAAUUAUUAGAUAUUAUAAAAUAAAUAAAUGAAUAUACGUAUUAAAAUUAUUGAAAAUCAAUUUGAAGUAAUAAUAAUAAUAAUAACCAAUUAAAACAUAUAAAUGAUAAUAUUAUUAUUAUUAUGACGAUGUUAACGAUAAAUGACGACUAUAUAAGCAAUAAUAAUGUUAAUAAUAAUAAUAAUUAUUAUUAUUUUCAUUAUUAUUACAAUAAAAAACUUCCAAAGUGAUCCAUUAAAAAUUCCUCGCUAACGUUCUUAGCGAGUCGUCUAAACAUUAUUAAAUUUAAACUCACGUAUAUGCAUUAAUUUAAUAAAUACAAUUAUUACAUUAUAAUAUAUUACAUUACAAGUUAUUAUUGUUGUUUACAAAAAUUGGAAAAUACAUUGAGAAAUAAUGUCUUAAUGACCGUAUUAAUGUUAUUUUAUAUUUUAAUGUUAGUAUUUUCAGAUUGGUGUGUGCAUGCAAAAUAAAUAGCUCUUUCAUGCUAGGAUCAAUAUAUUUUACAUUUAAACACUGAGGCAUAUAGUUUGUCUUUAAGUAAUAAUAAUAAUUAUUAUUAUAAAUAUUCAACAUUUAAACGGAGUUAUAAUCAUAAUAAUUAAAUGAAUAAAUAAUAUAAUUAUAAGCGAAUAAUGUGAAAUAAUGAUGUAAAGACUAAUCAACAGGAUUUGAUUCAUUCGGAUUAUUGUCAGAUAUUACUAAGUUGAUGUUAUCAAAAUGAUUAACUGCAUCACUGACAUCACUUUUUGCGACGUUACUGUCUUGAAGGAUGACAGUAUCAGCGACUUCGUUGAUGCUAGCAGAAUCUGCAGGCAAGUUGCUGUUGUCAGAUAAGUCGAUGCUGAUGUCGUCUUGCGAAUCGUCGAGAUCCAAAAAUGGAUCUAGUAGAUUGUUUGAGGUGUCAACUGACUGAUCAACGGUCGUGUGGUUGUUUUCUGACUGGUUUGCUUCUUGAUCUGUCGUUAGGUAAUUGUGAUCUGGUUCUUGUUCGGACUGUCGUUGAGAUGAAUUUUGUUGUUGCUGCUGCUGACUGCGUUGUUGUGGUGGUUGUAGAUCGUCGUUUUGCUGCUGUUGUUGUGUUCGUGACUGAUGACUGAGUAGUUGACGUUGGUCCUCUGAAUGUCCCGUUUUCAUUGCUGGUGGUUGUUGUUGCCCAUUUUCAGCAGCAACUUGUAUAAAUGGUGAAAAGGAGGAAGUCUCAUCUGAUGACUGAUUUACCGAAGAUGUCGGAUCAGAUGAUUGUUUUCUAUUUAAAUUAUUCAAAACGAAUUGAGAAGAUGAAGAUGGAUUAUGCAGGUUGAUGUCAUUAACGUCAUUAACGUUAGCAAACUCAUUUGAGAAAUCAAAAUAAUUAGUGCA